AUGAUUAGAGCGUGCGUGAAGAACACAGCGGCGCUGAGAAAUGCAUCUGCACUGAGAAGCCUCAAGCCAGCCGGCGGCUCUGUGGUUAUGAAGCGGGGCCUUGCGAGUGCAAGUGAAGCUCCAGCUGACGAAGCCGUCGAGAUCACACUUCCAGAGUCAUCUUUCGAGGGCUACAUGCUGGAGGUGCCCGAUUUGACGUACACAACGAGCAAGUCGGUGUUGCUCCAGAUGUACAAGGACAUGGUGAUCACAAGACGUAUGGAAAUGGCUUGCGAUGCCCUUUACAAGGCCAAGAAGAUCCGUGGGUUCUGUCAUUUGACUGUGGGCCAAGAGGCCAUUGCUGUGGGCAUUGAGAACGCGAUCACUAAGAAGGACACUGUGAUCACUUCGUACAGAUGCCACAGUUUCACGUACAUGAGAGGCGCUUCUGUGCAGGCCGUGCUCGCCGAGCUGAUGGGCCGCAGAUCAGGUGUCUCUUACGGUAAGGGUGGUUCUAUGCACCUGUACGCCCCCGGCUUCUACGGUGGUAACGGUAUCGUCGGUGCUCAGGUUCCCCUGGGCGCGGGUCUCGCGUUCGCCCACCAGUACAAGAACGAAGAUGCUUGCACUUUCGACUUGUACGGUGACGGCGCUUCAAACCAAGGCCAAGUGUUCGAGUCUUUCAACAUGGCCAAGCUGUACAACCUUCCAUGUGUUUUUGCUUGUGAGAACAACAAAUACGGUAUGGGUACUGCGGCCUCAAGGUCCUCUGCUAUGACCGAGUACUUCAAGCGUGGCCAGUACAUUCCUGGUUUGAAGGUUAACGGUAUGGAUAUCUUGGCUGUGUACCAGGCUUCGAAGUUCGCCAAGGACUGGUGUGUUUCUGGCAAGGGCCCACUGGUCCUGGAGUACGAGACCUACAGAUACGGUGGACAUUCCAUGUCUGAUCCUGGUACCACCUACAGAACCAGAGACGAGAUUCAGCACAUGAGAUCCAAGAAUGACCCUAUCGCCGGCUUGAAAAUGUACCUCAUGGAGUUGAAUAUUGCCACCGAGGAAGAGAUCAAGGCCUACGACAAGGCUGCUAGGAAGUACGUCGACGAACAGGUUGAGUUGGCGGACGCCUCUCCAGCCCCAGAAGCCAAGAUGUCUAUCUUGUUCGAGGACGUUUACAUUCCAGGUACGGAAACCCCAACUUUGAGAGGUAGAGUCCCUGAGGAUACCUGGGACUUCCAGAAGAAGGGUUUUGCUUUUAGAGACUAA